GAGUCGAAACAUUGAAAUGUGAAGUUAACCUAAUGUUGAAUAAAUUUUGACAUCCCGAGUGAAUAUAUAUUUAAUAGAGAGAGCCCGCAAAUCGAGAAAGCGUAAUGUGAUUCUGCUCUCUCACUCUCUCAAAGAUGAGUACCUUGAAAUUUUGUCGCCAAUGCAACAACGUUCUGUAUCCUAAGGCCGAUAAGGAUCAAAAGCUUCUUCUCUACGCUUGCCGCAACUGCAAUCACGAGGAGGCUGCAGAUAAUAACGUUGUCUCUAGAAAUAAGAUACGUCAUUCUGUUCAACUGCGCACUCGGGAUCCGGAAAAUGUAGCUGCAGAUCCAACACUUCCUCGCACCAAGUCUGUUAGCUGCUCUCAAUGCAAUCGCGGAGAAGCUGUCCUUUUCCAGGCACCGGUCAAAGGGGAAGAAGGCAUGGCUCUCAUUUUUGUUUGCUGCAACCCAACUUGUGGCAACCGUUGGAGAGAUAGGACUCUUCAUUCCUUGCUCAAGCCAAGGUUCAACGUAGAGGAAUUCAGCAUAUUAUAUUCUUGAAUCCUUGCACAGGAGAGACAUUAUUUGCUAUGUCAAAAAGACUAGCGAAUGUGUGUUUGAUGUACGAACAAUGAGAAAUAAUAAAUGUAUUCCAGCUCACGGCAAAUGGUUUAGUAA